AUGUCAGAAGAUAUUGCCCCCUUCACGCUUGCCAUCCCAGACUCUGCGCUGGAGCAGCUAAAGAACAAGCUCUCCAACGCCACAUUUCCAUCUGAAUCCGACUUCUCCGAUGACCGAGACUAUGGCGUGUCCUUGAGUGAUGUGAAGCGUUUAACUGAAUACUGGAAAGACGGCUUCGACUGGCAAGCUUACGAAGCGAAAUUGAACCAAAUCCCGCAAUUCACGACAAACAUUUCUGUGGACGGAUAUGAGGAGCUCAACAUACAUUUCAUACAUCAAAAAAGCAGCCGACCGAAUAGCAUUCCAUUGCUCUUUGUUCAUGGAUGGCCUGGCAGCAUCGUAGAAGUGACGAAAAUUAUACAAUCACUCUCGGAACCCAAGGGUGACGAUGUACCGUCAUUCCAUGUUGUAGCACCUUCUCUACCAAAUUUCGGAUUCUCCGACAAGGUCACAAAAAAGGCUUUUGGUCUUAAACAAUACGCAGAAACGAUGCACAAAGUCAUGCUGAAGCUGGGAUAUGACAAGUACGUAACGCAAGGCGGCGACUGGGGUUACAUGGUCACCCGUGCCAUAUCCCUUCAUUAUCCGGAUCAUUGCCUUGCAGUCCAUGUCAACGUUAUGCCUGUUAGGCCAACGCCCUGGCGAUCCUUUUGGCUUGCUGCUAAAUAUUAUCUGGGCCUACUAUCCGAAGACGAACAGAAGGGUCUAUUCCGCUCAUUCUGGUAUCUCAAACAUAAUUCUCCAGUCGCGCUACUAGCAUGGGUAUAUGAGAAACUGCAAGAAUGGACCGACGAGUACCCUUGGACCGAUCAAGAAAUUUUGGAAUGGAUAUCCAUAUACUACUUCUCUCGCGCGGGCCCUGCGUCCAGCGUGACGAUCUAUUACGAGCUAAUUGGAAAGCAGAGGGAUGAACUGACCAAGAUAGCGGAGUAUAUCCCCAAUGUUCCUCUUGGCAUUUCGCUCUUUCCGAAGGAUGUCAUUGUGCCUCCGAAAUCAUGGGGUGGAUAUCUUGGCCCGGUAGUCUUUCAUGCAACUCAUAAGAAAGGCGGGCAUUUCGCUGCGUACGAGUGUCCCGAUGAACUUGUUAGCGACUUGAGGGAGAUGUUUGGUAGACAAGGCGGUGCUGCUAGAGUCGCCCGUAUUUUUGAGUCUACUUGA